CAGACCAGAUGGAAGAACAGGGACAAACUCGGAGGAAUAAAUGUAUAAAAUAUAAAAGGAAAAGCAGAGAGACCGGGGACAGAGAAAUCAAAAGGAGUCAACUUUGAAAUCCAACCCGCUCCAAUUUUCCUAUCCACUAUACCAAAUCCUUCGAGAAUGAAAACCCAUCUCCAAAAUUAUUCCCUCUAUAAAACCCAGAUCGUAGUCCUUCGAUUUCGGUAUGAUUCUCUCGCAAUUUCAUCGAUGUCUUGUGCUGCUCCGUUGUCUGUACGAUUCGUUUCAUAGACUUCCAAGUUCCAAUCAAUACGUGAAAAUUUCACAUCUCUUUUUCUGUAUUUCUCAUGAAAAUCGGUUGCGAUUCCUGUUGCUUAAUUCCAUCACUACUAUCUAUCCUUUGGGGAUUAAUUUUCAAUCCUUCUAGACGCUAUUGAAUUUGUUUUCCUAAUUUGGGGUUCUUGUUCAAUUUCAAGCUUCCAACGUUUCUUUCCUAGUUCAUAGAGUUUUAUUAUUAGAUUUUGUUAUGUCAGAGAAUCCCACCCUUUCCCCCCUUUUUGGCUGAUUAUCAGUUCCUUCUAUAAACAUCUCUGUAUUCUCUGUAAUUCUGUUUUUUGUGAUCACAUCAUUGAUUUAGCUUCUUUUUAUUAGCGGCUGGAACCCAGUUGGGUCUCUCAAAUUUUCUGUAAACCAUGGGAAUUCAGAGAGACAGGGUGAGGUUUAAUGUUGGAGGUAGGAUCUUCGAGACUACGGCGACCACUCUGGCGAACGCCGGCCGGAACUCUCUAUUUGGAGCAAUGUUUGAUGAGAAUUGGAACCUGCAACCUGGCGAGGCCGGUGAGUACUUCAUCGAUCGAAAUCCUUCGUGCUUCGCCGUCCUUCUCGAUCUUCUCCGAACUGGGGAGCUCCACAUUCCUGCCAAUAUACCUGAGAAGCUACUAUACCGAGAAGCUCUCUACUAUGGCCUGCUCGACCAUGUUCGAACUGCUAAAUGGGGCCAAUUUGAUGGGAACCGGCUGAGGCUGGCAGGGUCUAUAAUGGGUCGAGCGCCGGGCGACGGUACGGCAAUCCGGGCAGGUCCUGAUGGUGGCUGUUGUGUUGCCCACGGCAGCAUGGUGCACGUCUACGACUGGAUGCUGGAAGAGCACCAGUCAAUUAAUCUCGAUUAUCAGAGAGUCAACGAUGUUGGGUGGAUCGACUCAGAGAACAUAGUGGUCAGUGCCUGCGAGAGGUUAGGCAGAGGAGAUGGUGGAAUGGGCCUGUUCAGCUCAUCCACAGGCGAGCUGAGGUACAAGUUUCAGGUGAGCCAUGAGAAUCAGGUCAAGAGUUUCACGGCUGGAGCCUUGAGCUUUACUCCAGACUACAAGAUUCUUGCUAGUUGCAAAGGCAGGAGCAACGAGUAUGGAAUUGGUGUAUGGGACCAAAUCACAGGGAAACAGAUAGAUUUCAUUUAUGAACCUCCGGGUUGGUCCAUUGGUGAUGCAGACAAGCUUCAAUGGCUUCAAGGGACUAACUGCUUGCUGGUUGCAACCUUGUUUCCUAGAAAGGACAACUGUUACAUCAGCCUGUUGGAUUUCAGAGACAGGAGGAUAGUCUGGUCCUGGUCAGACAUUGGGGCUCCUGUAACAGUGGAUGAGAAGCGGGUCCGUGAUGCCAUUGCAAUGGAGGAGACUAGCUCCAUCUGUGUGGUAAAUGAGUAUGAGGACUUGGGUUUCAUGGAUCUAAGAAGCACAGCAGGGAGCGUGAGGUGGAGCUCAAGGAGCAGGCUGAUGAAGGGGAAGAUGCCCGACGAGCCGUGCUAUCCGAAGUUGGCAUUGCACGGCGGCCAACUCUUCUCCUCCAUGAAUGAUUGUGUCUCAGUCUUUUGUGGGCCGGACUGGGUGUUGACCUCUAGGCUCCAAUGUAGCUUUGGGGGUUCCAUCUGUGAUUUCUCAAUUGGAGGUGAUCGGCUUUUUGCUCUUCACAGUGAGGAGAAUGUGUUUGAUAUAUGGGAGACUCCACCCCCACCGAUCCUUUGAUUCAGUACAAGGCGCCAGCGCCGGCUCCCUUCUUCCAUGAAAGCGUUUGACAUAUGGGUGUUUUCUAUUUUUCUCAUAGAUUAUAGAACUCUUAGAUUGUGCAAAAUUUUGACAUACUACUGGGGAAUUUAGAUUCUUGAGUUUGCACAGAGAUUGUUCAUAAUUGCUGAAAGGAAUCGAAUUGAUUUUUUUUUGGGUAAAGAAUGAAAUUGAUUGUUUUAGCUACCAUAGGCAUAGUUUGAAUUUAUUGAGACCAUCCUUCAUUUUCAGA